UCCACAAGUUCAGUUGUUUGGCGACUGUUUAAAAGUGUAGAUGAGUUUGCGGGUUAGUUUUGUGUGUUGACUUUGGCAACAAAUUCAUUUUUGAUUAUUUUUGCUUGUGUGUACGGCAGAUAUAACGUGUUAAAGUAUUAUAUUUGCAAAUAUUUAAUAUUCAUUUUUUUGCGAUUAUAUUCAAAGUGCUUUGUUUCUACAUUAUCUUUUUACUGUUCACAAUAGUAAAACAAAAACUAAAUAAAGUACAAAAAAUGUUAAUUACUCUUUUUCGGCUUAAAUUUCGUUGCUAAAAUUUAAAAGUUUUGUUUUGUGUUUUUUGCUUGGCAUUCGUACACCAACACAAGUGUAAGGCGUCAAGUGGUUGAAGACUUACGUUACCACGUAACUGCAGAAAUUAUACCAAAAGUAAACAAAGGAAAGACAGAAGUGGUUGGUUGCUGACUGUGGCUUCUCACCUCACUUAACUAAAUUGUAAAAAUUUAAAAAUGUCUCUCAACGAAAAUAUUUUAAUUUUUUGCUUAAUUUAACAUAUAUUUAAACGAUAUUAAGUGUAAAUACGUACAAAGCAAAGUGUUUUAUUUAAUUUAGUUUAGUACUUUGUGCACAGUUUUACAGUUUCACAGUUUCAUACUCGUACGAACUAUGUCAGUGUCAAUUAUUGGAAAAAAUUAAGACGUAGCAGAAAAAAAAGUAAUAAUAAAAUAAAAUAAAAUAAAAUAAAUUAAAUAUGUGCAAUUGAAGUCAUAACGACGGCAGUGUGCUAACGUCUUCACUUUGUAUUUGAACAGCUGUCAAGAAGCAAAACUUCACAUAAAACAACCAACAACAACAACAGCAACGAAAGUCUACACUGUUACUUGUCUUUUCGGUUUUGUGUUUUUUUUUUGCUGUGGACUGCCCUUACCACAGUUCAGCAACACAGUUAAUUGCAAAAACAAACCAAAAAAAAAAAAAACAAAAAAAAACAACAAAAAAGAAAAACAAGAAAUGAUCAGCUUUUUAUAGCAGCCGUCGAAAUUAUUUAAAAUAUAAUAAAUUUGUAUAAAUUAUAAAAAAUUGCCACUUAAAGUAGAAAAUAAAAAUCUAGAUUGUGCAAAUAAAAAUCUGCGUGCUUCAAUAAAUAACAAAGUGAAAAAAAAUCGUAUAAUUUUCACCAUUUAACAAAAUUGCAGAGCCUCAAGGCGCUUAUCUACGCCAAUUUUCGUUGUCUUCUGCGAACUGUUUAAAGUGCGAAAUAGAUGUGAAAGCGACGACAAUGGCUAAGUAAAUGACUAUGGAAAAUUAUGUAAAGAGUGCCUAGUAAUGUUUGCCAAGUUGUCUGUCAUGUGGUUCGAGUAUUAAUUUAAUAUAUAAGCAAAAACAUGUUAAUUAACGAUUAAUAAUACUUAAUUUAAUAAAAAUAUAAUAUAAAAAGUUUUUUUUUUUUGAAAAACUUAUCGAGUGCAUGUGUGUUUAAGUGGCAAUCGAAAUUGUCACCGACUUACGAAUAGCAACAACAACGACAGCAAAAUGAUUGUGAAAAUGGAACCCGAUGAAUUGAUCACUUUGCGGGUACAGUAUCUCGUGGAUACCGAUCCGCUUAAUUGUACUGCAAUGUAUCCGAUACCAACGCGUGCGCCGACGUACGCCUUUGCCAGUACAAUGCCGUUAGCGACACAAUUAGGCACAAUUUUGCGUUUAUUAGGAGCACCACAACGGAUCGAUGAUGCUGCUAUACAAGUCUACAAGGAUGGUGAUUAUGGAGCAUAUUUGGACUUGGAGUCCUCUUUGGCAGAACAGUCAGAAGAUAUUGAAGGCCUCAAUUCUAGUCGCAAAAAUUCUUUGGUGGUGCGCACCCAGUUAAGCGUCAGAGUUCAUGCAAUUAUUGAAAAAUUACUUUCUGCCGAAGGUAGCGAUCUACGACGUGCUUUAUUCUCGCUGAAGCAAGUUUUCCAAGAGGAUAAGGACUUAGUGCAUGCGUUUGUGGCACUUGGUGGUCUCAAUUGUCUUGUGCGUGUUGGUAAUGGUGCUGACCAAAAUUAUCAGAAUUACAUCUUGCGUGCAUUGGGUCAGGUGAUGUUGUACGUGGACGGUAUGAAUGGUGUUAUGAAGCACGAACCCACCAUGCAGUGGCUAUACUCACUGAUCGCAUCGAAUUAUCGUUCUGUGGUGAAAACAGCCUUAAAACUUUUACUAGUUUUUGUUGAAUAUGCAGAAUCAAAUUGUUAUGUGUUGGUUAGUGCUAUACAUGCGGUGGAUAAAUCACAGGGCACUUUACCAUGGUCAAAUAUAAUGAGACUAUUAAAAGAUUAUGAUAAUGCCGAUGCCGAGCUAGUUAUAUAUGCCACAUCUUUAAUAAAUAAAACACUUGCUGGUCUAAACGAUCAAGACACUUUCUACGAUGAGACAGAUUUAUUGGAACAACAAGGCAUGGAGUCAGUCAUACAAAGAUAUAUGUCUAAACCAGGAACAGACAUAGAUUUAUUAGAUCAAUUACAGCUAUAUGAAGCAGUAUUGAAAUUUGAAGAUGGUGAAUCCGAUGGCAUACGUUUGCCUGAUAAUUCUGUACGCAAAACUCAAAGAUAUCGUCAGGGCACCGAUACUGCGGAGAGGCGGAAGUCAAGACGACAUAGCACAGGUGCAAAUCCAGCUGUGAUACAAUCACCAAAGAAAAUGAAUACGCAUGGCGUUCUGGAUGAAGAUAGUUCUGGUUCAACAAAUUCGACUGAAGUGAGCAAUGGUUUAGUUUUGGAUAGGAAAAGUUUGGAUAGUGCUGGUGUUACACCUGGUUUACGUCGCAGACGUGAACGCGCUGAAAGGCAUAAAAGUUUCCUUAGAGAGCAACAGGAAGCCGCUGCAAACGGUAUAUUGGCAGCACUAGAAAAACGUGAACUUGGACAAAUCGUUACUGCCAUACCAGCAACCAUUAAUAAUAGCGACAGUCCACCUGAAUCAUUAAAUGUAACCACCUCAACCUCAAAUUACCCCAGUGUCACAGCAAUUGCUACUACUAACAAUAUGAGCAGUUCCAACAAAAAUACGUGCAACAUCUCCAACAAUCACAUUAACAACAUAAAUAAUAACAUUUCCAACAAUAACAACAACCUAAUGAGUCCUACGAAACAACUACAAGGCAGCAACUCGAUUUCCAUUAUCAACAACAGCUUCGAUAAGGCCAACAAUAAAUUGCAAGCAACGCCCGAGUUCUUGACCAAGAAGAAUCUGCUUAUCGAACGCAACGCAACUGUGAUCAAUGGUAUUAUGAAGAAUAUACAUCGCGGACACGAACCGGAACCCAAUAACAAUACAUCAUAUAAGAAGUUUGAAAGUGAAGCUAAUCGUCUAAACAACUAUUAUAAUCAGUUGAGCACACCAAAGAAUCUACAUAUACAGAAUCAAAGCCCUACGCUACAAAGCGCACAGAGUGCUUUGGCAGCUGUGCUAAGUCCAAAGAAGGCUUUGAACGGUUUCGAUUUUACGCAAAUCUCAACACCAAAUAACAAUAAUAAGACUAACAGUAAUGUGAUAAAUAAUAUUGAUAAUGUGGACGAUAAAUACGAUUUAUCGUUAAGUCCAACAAGUCCACUUACACCCACUGGUUCAAAUGAUUCUGUAUUCGCAGAAUCACCUACUGCUGAAGUACCUCUACAACCUAUAGCAGAAGUAGAGGUCGUUCCGGUCGUUCCAGUUGUUCCAGAAGAUUUGCAAUGUUUAAAUAUUGUUCCAGCGAGUGUGGUACCACCACCCCCUCCUCCACCGCCACCUCCGCCACCACCAUCGAUGGAAAUGUUUGGUUUCACUUUACCACGUAAGCAAAUACUUGAAUCUACUAAGUCAAUUGAUAAUCAGGCUGUAUUGGAACAAGAAAAUUUGUUGCCACCAUCAGAAUCUGAUGAGGAACAAAAAGUGUUGAAUCAAUUAAAACGUGAUCACACCGUGAAAGACUUAACACAGAAACUCAGCAAUAUGCCCACAAGUCCUACACAGGAGAAAAAUCGUAUUGUUGGAGAUAUGUCAGGACUUAUAAACAAAGCCAAAGAGGGUUUAGCUAAAACUAAAAGCAAAGGUGAAAUGUCACG